AUGACGGAACCUGUCACUGCCUUAUCGCUCGCCACUGGCCUGUACCCAAAGCACAUUUCCACAUCACAUCAACUACAACAUACUUCUAAUUGCAUGAGCGGAAUAGCUCUCAAGGUCACAUCGCUCCUUGUGAGAACAGUGGCAAAGCCGAUCGCCAAUGGGCUUAAGGCCCAGGCUAAGAACCAUGAAGGGUUCAGAAGAGCGUGUAUUCGAAUCGCCCAGUCAGUGCAUGCUACAGACGUCAGGUUGAGGAUGAAGCUUCUAGGGGAGAAUAAGAUCAAGGUUCGCCCGUUGAACGAUACCAAGGCUAUUGAUAGCGGGGCGAAUUUUCUUUCAGAGACGUUUAUUUUCUCGGUGGCGGGUCUGCUUAUCUUCUACGAGUCAUACCGGUCUCGAAAGAAACUGGCGACAGAGAAACGAAACGUGAAAAACGAUAUUAAUGAGCUUCAGGACGAUAUUGAAGAGGUUAAGAGCUUGCUUAAGUUGCUCUCCAAAGAGAUUGAUCAUCUACAAGAAGCCACCCGCCAGGCAGCCGACGAGACCGCCAAACGGUUGCUGGCACCAGCAACAUCUCAACCAGCUACGCCAGUGGCAGCACCUCCAGCAUCUUCUCCAGCAUAG